AUGGCAGAUAACCAAUACGAAAUAACUUUGCAAGAUGUCUACAGGAAACUUCUGUCAAUAGAAAGUAACACAGAAAAAACAAAUCGGACGAUAGAACAAAUAAAAGUAGAAUUAAAAGAAGAAAAAGAUAAAGUGAAAAUAUUGAUCGAGAGUGACACACAAACAAAGGGAAAGAUAGUUCAAUUAGAUAAUAAGAAUAGGAAAAACAAUAUAUUGGUAUUUGGCCUUCCACCAACUGAAAAUAUUCUCGAAAAUAUUUCGAACCUCCAGAAAAUACUUGAAAUAAACCUACAACACGAACACAUUAAUAAUAUAUACGAAGUUGGAGAGAACAAAGAUAAUCUGAGAAGACCAGUGAAGAUUGAAUUGGUAACAUUCCUCAAGAAAGUUGAGAUAUUACGAAACACACACAGACUAAAAGGCACAAAUAUAUACAUUAAUAACGACCUGAGUGUAGAAGAUCGUAAAAUAAAUAAAAAGUUGCGACAAUAUUUGAACGAGGCAAGAAGAAAUAACAUAAAAGCAACAAUCAAGCAAAAUUCACUCAUCGUUGAUAAUAUCAAAUAUACCUUGGAAGAGUUAGAAAGUAACCCUCAGAUACUAGCUUGUGAAAUCGAUCAAGAAAUAGCCGAAGACCAAAAACUCGGUGAGCAGAACAAUUAUUAUUCCAAUAAGCGGAAGGAGCUAGAAACACCACCAGAACAACCAAACACAAAAAAGUACGUGAAGAAUCCUCCAAGAGCAGCAAAGAAGCCAAUAAAAACAUAA